AUGAAUAAUAUUCAAUCCCCCCUAACAGUCAAACCAAAAGUGCUCAUCUUUAACGACUACUACGCAGAUACUAAAGAAUUUGCCGUCUUCUCACAAACAUUCAAAUGUGUGCACUACAAGUUCUCGACUCGCGAUGCUUUCAUCAAAGACAUGCAGUCUGUCCAUAGCGACACAGUUGCCUUUCUGUGUAUGUUCUGUGGCCUCGACCCCAUUGGCAGCUUGACCGCAGACCUCGUCCCCCAUCUACCCCAGUCUCUCCGAAUCAUUGUUUCCAGCUCUGUAGGUUAUGACCAUUUCGACACGCGCGCGCUGGCCGCUCGCUCACCCCCAAUUCUUUUCUGCAACACCCCAGGCACAGGUGCCGCUGCACCUGUCGCAGACCAUGCCCUCCUCUUAACUCUUUCCCUCUACCGUCAACAACCAGCGUUUGAGCGUGUCCUCGCACUCUCUGGUGAUAUGGCUGCCGCGCGUGCGCUCCUCACUUCUGGAAGACCCUGGGAUGCUUCAGCUGGCCGUCCCCUGCUUGCUGAUCUCAAAUACCGCGACGACUCGAAACAUCAUAUUUUGGAAGUCUCUGCUUCUUUUGGUGACCGUGUAGGUGACCGACCCGUCGAGGAGCCGCGCGGCCAUACCGUUGCUGUACUUGGAUUUGGCCCUAUUGGCCGCGCAAUUGGCGCCCGUUUGAGUGCAAUCGGCAUGCAUGUAUGCUAUUACUCCCGGAACCCAGCUCCAGCCAGUGUCACAGAAAAGUUGGGAUACCACGCCAAACACUACUCGCGUCUUGCUGACAUUCUUCCUCGUGCACAGUUGGUCGUCGCAGCUCUCCCACUCACCCCACAAACCCGCCACCUGCUCAACGAUGAUACUCUGGCUCUGUUACCUCAGGGCGCGCGUGUCAUCAACGUGGGUCGUGGCGCAACUGUAGACUCGGCUGCCUUGCUGCGGGCCCUACGCUCUGGUCGUAUUCACGGAGCCGGGCUCGACGUGAUUGAGGGUGAACCCCAGAUUGAGCCAGGACUAUUGGACCGCUGGGAUGUUAUCAUAACCCCUCACAUUGGCUCAUCUACCCGCCAAAAUGCCAUCCAAGCGCAGGGCGUGUGCAUGACAAACAUUACAGCCUUUUUUGAAAAUAGAAUCGACAGUGUCAAAGCUGUCAACAAAGAAUUUUUUUAA